CGGCAGAGCAUUUUGGAGGAGAUGGAGAUGGAGUCGAAGGCUUUCAGUUGGGAGAUAGACAAUUUUUCGGAAAGGAACGAUGUGAUGGUUUCGGAUCCUUUCUCAAGCGGUGGCUGCGAAUGGUCCCUUCGUCUUCAUCCCAAGGGAAAUUUUGCGGAUAGUCACUUGGCUCUGUUCCUGUGUGCUGUGAAUCCCGGAUCAUUGCUACCUGGAUGGAGAAGACUCGCUAGUUUUGGCUUCGUUUUGUUGGAUCAAUCUGGCAAAGAGCUCUUCAGAACAGCUGAAGCAAGCAGAUUGUUCUGCGCUGAGAAUCAAGACUGGGGUUAUCAAAGAAUGUUGCCUCUUAGCGAGCUUCAAAAAGAAGGGUUUUUGGAGAACAACAAACUAACCAUUGAAGUCUACAUUAAAGUAGUUAAAGUUGUUCAUGAAGGAAAACCAACUGAGACUUUGAUGGUAGAUAUUAAUGGUUUCCAUGUUCUUACUACUCAGGGUAUCUCAGUGAGCAAGAUUUUCGCACAGCACCCAGACCUUGCAGUAGGUAUAAAAUCAGAUAUCAGUGAGGUGAAGACAGCCUACAUGAAUAUUCUCCUCGGCCUCAUCGAGACACUUGGCAAGCCUCCUCAGAGCUUGUCGGAGACUGAGCUAAGAAACGCUGACAACGAUUUGAGUGAGCUAACAGAAGCUGGCUUUGAGCUGGAUUGGUUAAAGUCAAAGCUUGAGGAGGUUUCCUUGGAGAAGAAGAAGGAGAAGAAAACAGUUUCUGAUCUCAAAUCUGCUCCUGCUCCUGCUCCUAGAGUUUAUUCGUUUGGGUCAAUAGAUUGUUUUAUAAAGAGUGUUCUGAUCCUAGAAACUUUCUCGCUUAGACAUCGUCACAUAAACCAGACGUGGGGACGAUUCGCUAUGCUAGUUCUUAUCAUCACUUUUCUUAAACAACACCCAGACUUUGCAGUGGAUAUCAAACCAAAAAGCAAAGCGGCGAAGACAGCAUACAUGACAAUCCUCCUAGACCUUGUCAAGACGCUAGAUAAACCUCCAGAGAGCAUAUCAGAGACAGAACUAACUAAGGGUUACAGCAGGUUGUUUGUACUAAUCGAAGUGGGCUUCAAGCUGGACUGGUUGAAGUCAAAGCUUGAUCAGGUUUCCUUGGGGAAGAAGAAGAAAGAAAAUGAUGAUGCGGCUCGGGUCCAAGAACUCGAGGAAAAGGUCAAGAAUCUUGAGCUGAUGUUGUCUGGUCUCAAAGUUGAACUGGACAAGGAGAAGGCCAAAUCUUCUACUGCUUCUCCUAAAGUUUCCUUUACGAGUACUGAGAGUUUUGGAAUUCGGAAGAUUGAGAGUCUUGGAAUUCGGAAGAGGAGAUCCGAUUAA